CUCAGGUUCCUCUUGGUUCCUCUCUGGUGGUCACAAAAAGCCACUUUUAAUUAAUUUGCCAUUUUUUAUCAACUCCGGUGUGAAAAAAGAUAGGAAAUGAGAUUUUAAAAAGUAAAGGAGAAAAAGAAUGAGAAAGAUCCAGUAAUAUAUGCUUUGAAACAUUUAAUUGACCAAUCAGAACGAAGAAUUUUACAAAUUGGCCAAUCAAAGAACGCUUCGAAGCGUUUUUAGCGUCAAGUGGAUCGCACCCUAUGUGGCAGAAGUCCGAAAUUAGCAUCCUUGAUCGUAAGAUGUCUCGUCGACCCGUACGCGAGCUCAACAAACACUCGAUGUGGCGUUUGACUUUGGCAGGUUAUGGAUUGAGGUUUCGGGGUGUGGCAUUGUUAUUCGGCGGAUCCGCGGGAAACAUUACGAGACGCGGCAGUGGCGACGCGAUGUCGCGUUAAAAACCCGCACGGGGCGCGCGCGCACGACGAUCGCAAAGUGUUCGUGCACGCGGAAACUUCCUCGCACGUCGGUGUGUCUUCUUUUUUUUUCUUAACGUGAGAUCUCCGUGUCGCUCACGCGUUGAUUCCUUGGCUUGACGUUGAUCGCGCAUUAACGGAACGAAAGGAAUCGUGACGCGGAACGAUCGCCGGGAGCAAUGCUCGGGACAUUUUCAAAUCGCCGAACUCUGCGUUGACGGCGCGUCGUCGUCCGCGCGCUCCUUACGCUUGACGCGCAAGGUAGUAGGAGCCGAGUCCGGAGCUGAGCCAUCGAGGCACGAGCGAUCGAGGCAGAUCGCGAAGGUCCAUGAGAUCACGUGUAACAAACACGACGUGGGAUGUUGAGCGCAACCACCCCGACUCAGCCCCACGAAUACACCGAGAUGUCUCGGUUAGCCGACUACUUUGUAGUGGUCGGCUACGAUCACGAGAAAGAAAGGGGUGGUGUAAGUAGUGGGGCUAUAUUACAACGAUUCCCAGAGAAAGAUUGGACAGAUACACCUUUCAUUGAGGGCAUAGAAUGGUUUUGUCAACCACAAGGAUGGGCCUUAUCAACAGAGAGGCAGGAGCCACGAUUUUUUGUCUCAAUAUUAACGGAUAUUGAUGCAAAUCGGCAUUACUGUGCUUGCAUGUGCUUCAACGAAACGAUAUCGAUUGUGCCAAGCAAACCUGUAGACGAGGAAGAGGAUCCCGUGGACGGUGAUAGCCGCCCUUUGGUCAGGGCGAUCCCGACUAUUGCACAUCAUAGCAUUAUGUAUGCACCUAAGUGUCUGGUGCUGGUUUCCAGACUCGAUUACAUAGAAACAUUUAGAAACUGUCUUGGCAUUAUAUAUACAGUGUACGUGGAAAAUCUCGGUAUACCGUUGGAGACAUUAGUCGGAAACAUAUUAGGAUGUAUUCAAGUACCUCCUGCUGGUGGGCCACAGGUACGAUUCAGCAUCGGAGCAGGGGAUCGUCAAGCACUUCAACCACCAAUUAGUCCUUCCCUUCCUAUAACUCAUACUAGUGUAAAUUUAUUAUUUCAGCAACUAGGUAUUCGCAAUGUACUAGUAUUAUUUUGUGCCGUCAUGACAGAACACAAAAUACUUUUCCAUUCAGCCAGUUAUUCUCGACUGACCGAGGGAUGUCGCGCCCUAACAGCGUUGAUGUAUCCAUUCAGAUAUUCACAUGUUUACAUUCCUCUUUUGCCAGCGGCUUUAGUCGAAAUACUCAGCACUCCAACUCCGUUUAUUAUGGGUGUACACAGUUCAUUGAAACACGAAGUUGCGGAACUUAUGGAUGUAAUAGUUGCCGAUCUGGAUGGAGGUUCCCUAACAGUGCCGGAUGGCGUCUCGCUUGCUUUGCUACCGGAACCAUUGCUCUCACAAACACAGGACGCGUUAUCUCUGGUGUUGCAGCCGGAACUGGCGUGCGCGGAUUAUGCGUUUCCUCCGCUUGCCACCAGAGCUCCGCAUUCCCCCAUGCUCGACAAAGAACUUCGAGCGGUAUUCAUGAGAACCUUUGCUCAACUGCUGCAAGGAUACCGUAGUUGCCUGACGUUGAUACGAAUACACCCGAAACCCGUUAUCACUUUUCACAAGGCCGCAUUUCUAGGGGAGAGAGGUUUAACAGACUGCGAUUUCACCACGAGAGUUUUGGAUUGCAUGUUUUUUACGUCUUUUAUCGCGGAAAGAGGUCCGCCGUGGAGGCCCUGCGACGUAUGGGAUGAAUUGUACAGUAACUUGAGCGAUCAACUGAAACAGGAGACGCAGGAUCAUCGAGUUAUCCUGACGCAUAUCCAAGAACUAGCGCAACAGUUAUACCUGAAUGAAAAUCCGAACCCUCAGCCGUAUGUGCAGAAGAUUCUGAAGCCACCUGAGGGCGCGUUUGCGAGGAUUCACCAGCCUCUCUUGCCACGUAUUAAUCCAGAGCAGGUUCAAGCGAUCAUCGACGAGGGUCUCGCGAAAAAUAAUCUCAAAGUCAGAUUGUCGUCUCUGCGGCCGAUUCAACCUCGCAUCGUGCCUAUUGGUCCGCACAUCUCAUUUGUUCAUGACACUAGACACUUGGUUAGCAAUUCGGCUCGUAGGCUAGAAGUUUUACGCAAUUGCAUUAACUGUAUAUUCGAAAAUAAGAUUUCGGACGCCCGCAAAACGUUUCCAGCCGUUUUGCGAGCUCUGAAGAGCAAAGCGGCUCGAUUGGCACUCUGUAUGGAAUUGUCGCAGCACGUGGUCGGGAAUAAAGCUAUGCUGGAACAUCAGCAGUUCGAUUUAGUGGUACGUCUAAUGAAUUGUGCGUUGCAAGAUGACUCGUCGAUGGAUGAACACGGAGUUGCCGCGGCGCUGCUGCCUCUCGCCACCGCGUUCUGUAGGAAAUUGUGCACCGGAGUAAUUCAAUUCGCAUAUACCUGCAUUCAGGAGCAUCCGGUAUGGCAGAAUCAGCAGUUUUGGGAAGACGCGUUCUAUCUGGACGUACAGAAAGACAUCAAACGCCUGUAUCUGCCGGGUGACAAUUCGCCACCUAGGCUCAUGAACGAUGGUAUUCUGAGUCCUAUUAGCCCACGGGAUGGUAAGGAGUUUCCAUACCGCGACCGAUAUUCCAUCUAUCAGGCACAGGAACCGUCAGCAUUAGAGAUAGCCGCGGAUCAGAUGCGAAUUUGGAUGUCUAUCGAUCCCGAGAAGCAAAAGGAACUCAUGAACAGUGAGGAAAGCACCAUGUAUAGCCAGGCCAUUCAUUACGCCAACAGAAUGGUUUAUCUGCUAGUGCCGUUGGACAUCGGUUCAAAGACUCAUCGUCAGGAUCACAUCUACGACGAGGAACGGGCCAGUAACAGCAUCACGAAUAGUGUGGCGAGCGAUAGCGGCGACGCUGAAUCCGGAUUCGAGGAGACCGACCCAGGUGAGACCGGUAGUGCCGUCAUUCGCAUGGUCUCGCGAUUCGUCGAUCGUGUGUGCACCGAGGGCGGCGUCAGCGCCGAGCACGUGCGUUGCCUGCACCAAAUGGUCCCAGGUGUCGUUCAUAUGCACAUCGAGACGCUCGAGGCGGUUCACAGGGAAAGCAAGAGACUGCCACCGAUACAAAAGCCGAAGAUUCUUACACCAAACAUGUUGCCUGGUGAGGAAGUGAUAAUGGAUGGCCUACGCGUUUACCUGCUACCGGAUGGCAGGGAGGAAAGCUCCUCAGGAUUACCCAAAAUACCGCCUCUCUUGCCAGCCGAGGGUGCAAUUUUCCUCACAAAUUACAGAAUAGUAUUCAAGGGUAUACCUUGCGAUCCAUUCGCCUGCGAGCAACUGGUCGUCCGUGCUUUCCCUGUGACGUCUUUGACCAAGGAGAAGCGUGUCGCGGUGCAACACCUGGCACACUUAGAUCAAUGUCUUCAGGAGGGUCUACAAUUACGCUCUUGCACGUUCCAGCUGAUAAAAUUGGCUUUUGAUGAGGAAGUUACGCCUGAGAACAUUGAUACCCUAAGAAAAUUGGUACACAAAGCUAGAUAUCCACCGCAUAUUUUUCAUCAUUUUGCGUUCAAUGGUCAAGUCUUGGUCACGCAGACGGCGCAUCACAAGGGCAAGGAGAAAAACGCCACCCUGAAAGGUUUCGCGAAGAAAACUUUAUUGAAGACCGCGCGAAAGGCCGGUUUCAAGCCGAAACAGUCGUCUAAGCGGCAGAAGUACGUGUUACCGAACAUGAAUAUCAUCAACAGCAAUAAUAAGUACAUGACAUCACCUGGUCGAAUGAGUCUCCCGAUGACCGACAACAACGACCUCAGCCACGAUGACGAUCUCAGCGUGGACGAUUUUGAAAUACCCGGCGUGGUGACGCAACCGCCGACUGACGCCAAGACUCUCGAACGUUUAUCUGAGCGUAGCUACGUCAGGGACUGGUACCGAUUGGGCCUUUAUUCGAACGGACCACAUAAUAAUCGUCGCAACGAGCCCUUCCGACUGACUUCUGUGAACUGCGCCUACAUGAUCUGUCGAAGCUAUCCCGCGCUUCUGAUUGUGCCUACUUCUGUGUCGGACGAGAGUAUUCGGCGAUUCUGUAGACUUCAUCGUCACAGUAGACUGCCGGUUGUUACUUGGCGACAUCCACGAACUAAGGCAUUGUUGAUUAGAGGCGCAGGUUAUCACGGAAAAGGCGUAAUGGGCAUGCUAAAACCCCAUCCGACCUCUGGUAGUAAUCUAAAGACCACGUCCUCAGAGACUACCUCCUCUUUGGAGCAGGAGAAAUACAUGAUGGCGCUUGUUGCCGCGACACCGCUCUCCGUACUGCGACAGGGUUCCGCUUGGGGUAUGUCCGACAGCUCUCUAAGUAUAGAUUCUCUGUUACUAGCGGCAGAAGAUCGGAACGCUACGCCUGAACAAUCGCGUCGUAAUCCAUUCAACAAACCGCUCGGGACUCUAAGUUCGUCAGGCGGCAAAGGUCCUAAGAAUUUCGGUCGAUGGGGUUCCCUGAAGGACAAAAGGCACAACUCACAAGCUUCCUUGACUUCCGUUCACCACCAGCGCGGAACUGUCAGGCAUUCCGCUGAUUCCGACAGCGGCACGGAAUGCGUUCACACGUUUCAACGUGCCGCUCUCUAUAUUCUAGGCGAGAAAGCGCACAUGAAAGGCGUAAAGGCGGAAUCCACCCCUAAGAUGGAUUUCAUUCCGGUAGAAUAUUAUGACGUGAGGCAUACGAAGACUGCAUUUAAGAAGUUGAUGCGAGCGUGCGUACCUAGCUCACCAAAUGUGGAACCUGAUCAGAGCUUCUACAGACUCAUUGAGAGCUCAGAGUGGUUGCAGCAGCUGCAGAGCUUGAUGCAAUUGGCGGGAGCAGUCAUAGACCUCAUGGAUAUGCAGGGUUCAUCGGUGGCUGUUUGUCUGGAAGAUGGUUGGGAUACCACGACCACCGUUUGCUCCAUAGCGCAGGUGUGUCUUGAUCCGCAUUACCGAACGAUCGACGGCUUUAGGACCUUGAUCGAGAAGGAAUGGCUUGGGUUCGGACAUAGAUUUGGUCAUAGGAGCAAUCUUUCUGCGAAUUCGCAAACGACUAACUUCACACCUACGUUUCUACAGUUCCUCGACAUAGUACACCAAAUACAGAAACAGUUUCCUCUGGCCUUUGAGUUCAACGAGUACUAUUUGAAGUUCUUAGCUUAUCACUCGGUGUCCUGCCGCUUUCGUACAUUUCUGUUGGACUGCGAGUUCGACAGAAUGGAGUGCGGCAUCACCGCCAUCGAGGAUAAAAGAGGUUCCUUAACGAGUCAUCAUAAAGGCGUGGACACCGGUAGUGACGACGACACGAUCUAUCCAGGUGGUAGACUAGCGGGAACAAACAAACAAACACUUGGCUGCAAUCUCGGGCAAAGUAUAUUCGAUUACAUAGAGAAGCAACACGCAAGAUGUCCAUUAUUUUACAAUUUUAUGUAUACAUCGAACACGGAAAAUCCUGUUCUACGACCAGUCUCGCAUCUGCCGAGUCUGAAUAUCUGGCAAUUUUAUCUGGAAGAGGAACUGGCACACGGUCCAGCGUAUGAUCUGGAAGUGCUGCAACAGGAUUCCCAGCAGGAGGAAGAGGCCGAAGCUGCGGAUGGCAUAGUCAAGAGUAAUCGUAAAGUCGUCACUCAGGGAUACGAUGGCGUCAACACAAUGGUACCUGAUCAGUUUUCGCAUCUUUUGGAGGAAAUUCACAAAUUGGAAACCGAAUUGGGACACCUACCACAAAAAUGGAAAGUACUCUGGGAUAAACUCGAAUUACCGAACACUGAUUCCCUUGCUCGGCACGCAUCGUUCAGUACGGCACUUGUACGAUAUCACGGUCGAUUGAUUCACAAACGUUCUACUUUAGAACUGUUAUUGCGCGGCAAACUUGCCGGUGGAAGCACCACUGGAAACGAAGGUUCUGUAUACGCGCAUCCACAUAGGUUUGAACGAUUGGAUUCUGCAACGCCAACUCAUUGCGACGCAUGUUCGGGCGUGUUAUGGGGUCCCGUGAAGGCUGGAUUAAGAUGCAUCGAUUGCGGCCACGUGUGUCACGACAAAUGCGCGGACGCUGUGCCAAAGAAUUGCACAAAAUACAAGGCUGUGACAGAUAAUCUUCAGACUCAUACGCUUACGAGAAGUGGUGGAGAUAACGGAAGCGUGAACUCAAGUGUAACAACUAUUCAAACUUCAUCCCAACAAUAUUAUGAACAAUUUUCGAGUAACGUAGCGGAAAAUAGAACGCACGAAGGUUAUCUUUAUAAACGAGGAGCUCUAUUAAAGGGCUGGAAACAAAGAUGGUUUGUACUAGAUUCUAUAAAGCAUCAACUGAGAUAUUACGACGCAGUGGAAGAUUCGCACUGUAAAGGCUACAUAGAUUUGGCCGAGGUAGUAUCUGUUACUCCAGCUGCGCCGAUGCCCGGACCACCAAAGAAAACGGACGAUAAAUCUUUCUUUGAUCUUCGUACAAAUAGACGGACAUACAAUUUCUGCGCUGCCGACGCAGCCACAGCGCAAGAAUGGAUCGAAAAGGUUCAAGCAUGCUUACAAUAAGUGUCACGAGCGCUUGAUUAUAGUACUAAUUUCAAAUUCUGGAUGUGACUGAUAUAGAAAAGAACACAAAUUUUAAUUUUGUUAUAUAAUCUUGUAUAGUCUAAUUGUAUGCGUCAUAGACUGCAGUAAUCUUGCUUUAAGUAUUUUAAAAUGCAAACUUUCUCGUUGGACUGAAAAUAGUAUCAUAAAUUAAAUGUGAUACAUUCAUAUCUUCAAUAUAGGAUUAGUAUGUGAAUAUAAUGUACAUUUCUUUGUGAUUAUGUAUUAAAUUUGUAUUCAUCCAGCUGGAAGAUGAGAGAUCGCUA